UAUAUGAGAAAUACGCCAUUCGAUUUGCAGUCUCGCAUUCUAUUGAUUUUAGUCGAUGUUGAAGCUGAUGACCCACUUGAUUUGGUCCGUCAGGUUUCCGAGGAUCUGUGGACGCUUAAAAUCAUCAACGUGAAUAUUGUUGUUGGGAAGACUUCGGCUAUUACGGUGUUGAUCUACACGUAUCAUCCGUUUGUAACAGGUCAUUGUGACCAGAUUACGGUUCAGUUGAUCCACUUCUCUGAGGGUGGGGCUUCAAUUGCCCUUCCGGAUCUGUAUCCAAGUCGGUUGCAAGAUUUCGAAGGUUGUCCCCUGACUGUUGGAGCAAUCGUUGGUGCACCAUUUCUACUGAUUGGUAGCUCCGGAGAUUCCUCGACUUUGGAUGGUGUCGAAGGCCGUCUCGUUAGAACGCUUAUGAGUCGAUUGAACUUUUCGAUCGAUAGAGUUGUGGAUAAAACUCCUGAUGGUCAGCUGUGGGGUGUAAGCGGUGAGCCCCAUGAACGGACUGGGAUGAGAAAAUUGAUUCAAGAGCUGGUGGUUGACUUCGGUGUUGGAGCGUUUGCUGUAGAUGACGCUAGUAUUUACAUGAAGUCGAGCAUUUUCUAUUUCGUCGCUGAUAUGGUGUUUGCUGUUCCGAAGGCUCGCCCCUUUUCUCCCUUUGAAAAGCUGUGCCUUCCCCUGGAAACGUCGGUUUGGGUGACAACUUUUGCAUUCCUCACUUUAGGCUUACUGGUCAUCGGAAUUCUUCGCUUUCGGUCUCAGCAAGAGCGAGACUUCGUCUACGGCCGAGGAGUCCCUACACCGGUACUGAAUCUAUUCGCCGUAUUCUUCGGCAUCGGCAUGGAACGAACACCAAGGCCUAACUUUGCCCGAACUCUGCUAAUGUUCUGGAUAGGUUUCUGCUUUGUCAUCCGAACUGUCUAUCAAAGUGCGCUGUACCAACACCUGCAAACGCCGAUGCUUCACAAUACUCUUUCAACGUUUGCGGAUAUCGAUCAAUCUGGAAAUUUCUACUACACUGUUCGUUCCAGUAAACGCUACUUAGCUGGAUUUCCGAACAUCGAACACAGAAUCAAAUACCUACCCAGCGGGGAAAACACGAUAACCGAAGCGUUGCAACGUCUAGGCCGGGAGCAACAUUUCCGUGGCGUAUUCUUGGUCAACCGGGACAUUGUGGCAGCGUACAACCUGCGGGCGCCAAAGUACGAAAACGUUUGGGUGGCCAGCGAGGUCGUGGUAAGCGUUCCGCUAGGGCUGAAUUUUGUGCGGGGUAGCCCCCUCAAGGAACCCUUCGAUCGGGUCAUCCUAAAUCUGCGAAAAUCCGGCAUUAUUGGCCAUUGGCUCGAAGAGUUCGGCGAUUACGAUGGCAUUGGAUCGUCUUCGGGAAGGAAGAAGAUCGCUGGAGCGGAUCAACCGAAGCCUCUGAGCAUGGAUCAUUUGUCGGGCGCGUUUCAACUUUACCUUGGGAUGGUCCUUUUGUGUAUUGUUGUUUUUGUUGGUGAACUAUUGUUCACCAAUUGUUUGAGACUGUUGAAAAAUAUCUGUCCGAUAAUCCGUUAA